UGCUAGCGCAUCCGCAGCAUGGCGUGGCAAUACGCAUCGCUGUAUACAUUUCACAUGACAUUUCUUAUUUUGUCAAUUGCGUGCGACCUUUUUUUUUAAUUGUUUUGCUUUCUAUUGAUAGUGACUGUUGUUUUUUUGUGUGUGCAACAAUGGAUUCUGAUAGUUCACCAACUAAGAAAGGAAGUAAAAGCCGUGGAAGAGGCCGUGGGACAUCGACUACAGCGUCAAGUCGAGGCCGGUCGAGGGGCAGAGGCCGGGGAAAACGAGCAGUCAAGCUAAUACUAAGUGAUGAUGAAGAAUCUGAAGGUGAAGAGCAGGCAUCUCCAAACAAAAGUGUUGAUACCGAAAAUGAGAAACCUGUGGCUUGCAGUCCCGAACUCAUUAUCAAACACCCAGAAUUUGAUUUGGAGGCUGACAUAUCCCAGCUGCAGGCACCUACUUUCACAACUAUAAAUAGAGGACCUCCGGAACCCAUGCUCCACCUGACCUGGAACUUGCCAGUGAAUUUAAUUGGAGAAAAGGUUCUCAAUCCAAUGAUUCACUGCUGUGACAAGUGUUUGAAGCCUAUUCUCAUCUAUGGUCGCCUUAUUCCCUGCAAACAUGUGUUUUGCCUAGGUUGUGGAAAGCAAGAAGAGCAUCAACCCUGUCCUAGGUGUCGCGAAAGAGUGGCUCGAGUGGAACAGACUAGCCUUGGUCAAGUGUUUAUGUGCACACAUGGUGGAUCGCGUUACGGAAAUGAUGGCUGCCGCCGAACUUAUUUAUCGCAACGUGAUUUACAAGCCCACAUAAAUCACCGACAUCUUCGCCUACCGAUGGAGAAGGAGCCGCAGAAAAUCAGCACCGUCCCCCUGUCCAGCUCUCGUGGUUCCCAGCACAUGCCUCUCCUGCACAGCCGCUCCAACUUGGUGUCUGUGCACAUUCAAGAUCCCACGACGGGUCUCUCGAGCAACAACAGCGGGAAUGCGGGAAGUUACUACAACAGUAUAGCCCCACCCACGAGUGCCGGAUACAGUUACUCUUAUAGUUCACAAACUGGCCAUUACAGCACGACGCCUAGUUACUACGCAAACUAUCAGCAACCCGCACCACCACCUCCUCCACCGCCGCCUCCGCCUCAACAGCAACAACAUCAGUACGAUGUUGGCAAUCAAUCGUACGCAAGCAAUCAGUGGUCCACAUCCACCAAUCAAUCCUUCUAUCGGUGAAAUUAAAAAAAGUGAAAAGAAAAAAAUGUCCACAACCAACGAGAAAGCAACGGACAGCAACAUCAAUCCUUAGCCAAACCCUGUUAAAAUGAAUCGUAAACCUUCUUUACACUGUCAAUGUAAAAAAAAUUGUAAUACAAUGACACUGACAUAACUA